CCCGACACAGCCUCUGUUUAUCUCAACAUGUACAGCCACCAAACAACCGACCGUUCUAUCAAACCAAACGAUUGAUCACCUCCCCCUCCCUCUGUCUGCCGCUUGCACCGCUUGACUCAGCCACAGCAACGCACCUCCGAACACCGUCCACAAACGCAUCGGCCGCACCAUCGUGCAUGCCGCCCUCCCCGCUCUCGGCUGCAUCGAGCAGGCGUCUCUGCGGCAGGCUUGGUAUCGGUGGCGGCGACCAGAUGUCCUGACUGUCCUCUGUUGCUGCUGUGGGUGGAGGGGGGAAAUGGAGCAGUGAGGCCUCGCCAAAGAUGUCACGCAGCAGAUAGUAGAGCGAGAGGAAACCCGCUGAUGGGAUGGCACGUCAUAUACACAAAUGUGUUUCCCCGUAUGGCUUGUGUGACGUACGUUGCCACUUACGCCUUUGCAGCAGCUGUGUAGUGUCGGGCUCGGCGGUGCGGAGGAGGGAGCUCACACACUCCUGCACACACCACACCACACCACACCACAACGCGCCACAUGGAGUGACAAGACUGCCUGUGGGUCUUGUGAGGGGGGAGGAGGGACACCCCCACGGACCAUCAGGGCGAUUGCGUAAUUCUCCUGCUGCUGCCUCAGAUCCCUCGCAUGGCCAUUGCGGGGCGGCCGACACUCCUGUAAACACACAUACGUCCAUCCAUCCAUCCAUCCACACAGAAGCGGUUGUGUGUGGGCAGCUCACGUCGAGCACUAGGCUCCUCACGAUAUAGUAGCCGAUGGGCAGGAGAGCCGUCGACAGCGCAUCGAAGCCGAGCUCCCUCAAACCCUGAUCAGUCACCACACACACACACACACACACACAGGCCUGUGCAUUGCAACUCAGGCGGCUGGGACCACAGCACACGACCCCUCCCUCCCCCUCUCCCAAUGUGCUAGCCUACAUAGAGUGCGCCAACUUUGCUGGCGUACGACACGCGCAUCGACUCCGGUUUGGCGGCGCUGCCGCUACUGCUGCUGGCCGCCCGGCUGGCGAGUUUUCUGCCCUGGUCGACAGUGGGCGUCCUCAGCACCCGCUCGUAAAGGUUGCCGAGGUGCAGGGCCGCCGGACCACGCACCGACGGCGGGAAACUGAGAGGCAGAGAGAGAGACCAGCUAUCAGCGGGAGAUUUCACUCAUGCGGCACGGCCUCGCUGAUGUACCUGCACACAAUGUCGGCCAAGUGCUGCGCCCCACAGACAGACAGACAGACAGACCGACACGAUUGGUGGCCGUACGUUUGUGUUGCUUGUGUUGCAUUCCCUUCACUUCACCCGUGCAGCGAUUCUUCUGACGCUGAGCUCAGAGGGGUGGAAAUCCUCCAUCGCUGCACACACGGGGGGAUGAAGUGAGGGCUGCGAUGCGGGCAGGAGAGCGAGAUGUGUGUGUCAGCGACUGCAGUGCUGCUGAUUACUGCCGUAUCCAUAGGCGAGAGUCCACUGGAUGAGCGGCAGCAUGUAGGCGUCAAUCUGACGGACACACAGACAGGCAGACACCACACCAGCAGCACAAAAGGGCAAUGAGCACAGAAGCCCGCUAGGUGUUGUGUUCCAACCGAUGAUCCAUCCAUCCAUCCAUCUGUGUGUGCCUGUCGUGUCGGCGUACGUGUCGCUCUUUGUGUUGGUGUGUGAGGUGCGGGUUGCUCAGCAGCGCCCGUACAAGCGACAGACCCACACGCCGCUCGCGAAGCUCCCAAUACAUGCCCUAGUGCGUCCAUCCAUCAGUCAAUCAACCACAUUGGCAGAGAGGGAGAAACCAGCAGAGAAAACACCACUGGCAGUGAAUGCAGUGCACCCGUCCCGCUUGGCUCACCCUCUGGUUGACUUGCGUCAAGAUGAGCCGCACAAUCGGCGGCACCGAGGCGCUCACAGCUAUCUCGCCAAGCAGAUCUGCACACAAGGCAAGGACGCAGUGAAAAAUGCAUCCGUCAGCCUCUGUGUGUGAGGCUCUGCUUGUCUGCCGGGAUGACUGACCAUUGACCCUGGAUUGGUCUCUGGCGUCUUCGAGGCACCUGAGUAUCUUCUGCAGCAGGUGGCGCGACUCGAGCGAGUCCGGCGGGGCACGGAAACCCGAUAUCGACACCUCCAUGUCCUUUUUCUGCGAGAUUAGGGUUUGGGGUUAUAGGGUUCAGGAACCCAGCAGAACGAGUGCGCAUGCACAUGAAUAUCACUUUGAAUGUGCCCAUGUUAGUUAGCUAAGCUAUCCCCCCCUCCCACGCCCUCUUCCUCUCACUCCUUCCUGCUGCGGCGGCGGAGGUGGAGCCCCCCGCCCACCACCACCACCAGCAGGCUGUGGCUGGUUGUUGUUGAAGCCGCCCCUGAAGCCCCGACCAGCCGUCGACAGGGAACACUUCUGAGACACCGCACACACACACACACACAAGUGAGAGAGAGGGUGAGAUGAUGCGGUUCAAGUUCGCUCAGUGAGACUCACUGACGGGGUGUGUGCAUUUGAAGCAGCGGAAGUCGCCAGACACAUUGCCGAAAUCAGCCGUAGCAUAGUCCAUCUGACCACAAGGAUGGGGCAAAGGCAAGCUACUGUGGGGUGUGCGCCUGUCCGUCUGUCUGCCUACGGGUGGGUUGCGGAAGCAGUGCGGGCAGAUGUGGUGCGACCUGCCCGUCUCCUCGUUCCUCACACUCAACGCCUACCGACACACAGAGAGAGGGAGACGUUGAUCGUGAGACCGACCGGCCGACACCCUAACCAGACCUGAAAGUGGCAGAUGGGGCAUCUCUGAUUGUGUGCCGUGAGCUGGCCUCUGGAUGGCAGCUGCAGCACGGUGGGGCAGUUGUUGCUGUAGUUGGUGCACACCAAGUAGCGAUCGUCCCUCCUGCGAUAGACUGACAGACAGACAGACAGACAGAGGGAGAACCUCACCAUCGCCGGCCAGCAGCUGUGGUCUGAUUCAUGUGUGUGUGUGUGCAUGUGUGUGUACCUCCGCCCCCUGCCGCCCCACCACGGCCACGACCACGACCACGACCGCCCCUGAACAAAAUAUGCACAGAGACACUCACGCAUCCAUCACCAUAAUGUCGGGUGCUGAAGAAUGUCGGCUGACCUGCCCCUGCCCCUCCCCCCUCGCCCCUUGGCAGCAGCCUUGCCGCGACCACCACCACCGCCCCUGCCCCUUCCUCCUCCCGCCGCCCCACCAUUGUUGCCAACCGCUCCACCAGCCAACACCGUCUGCAGCACGCACACACACCCCUGUGUGCUCGCGUGUGUGAGCAGUGCUCUCCUGUUUCCCUGCCUGCCUGCCUGCCUGGAGGUCCAUCAUGCCCUGGCACAGGCCGCACUGCGAGAACGGCUGCACGUUGCGGCCGGGAGCAGAAGCAGCCCCCCUGCCCCGUCCCCGUGCUCCUGCCUGCGAUCGUUCCUGCUUCCGUAUCGCUGUCCUUGUACGCUCCCUCACAUGCCCCGCUCGCAUCAACAUAUUUACCCAUACGUCAAGUCACUUUCAUGUCGGAACAGUCAAUGAAUCGGUCCCCCUCUUUUCUCAUCUUCUGAAUAUGCACGAAUCAGAAGAGUACAUCAGAAAAAGUGGGGCAAAAAACCGUCGCAUCGGCAUCGCGCCACGUCAUAUGCAUCGGCAUAAAUGGCAGCCACACGAGAACGCUGCAGGCACACACAGAUGGUAGAGAGAGACAUGCGGAAUGUGGGACGUAAUAGAGAGAAACAUGCGCGACUGACCAAGUGGUAGCGGCCAGGAGGCAAGUCAGAAGCCUGCAGCGAACGACCCCUUUCUCGCGCCAUGACGACAUCAUGGGCAGGUUUGCCCACCUGACCAUGGCCACGAGGACCAUCCCUUCACAUGCGCACUCCAUCGCAAUGAUCAGCGCGAGUCCAGUAAUCUGGUGUCCGAGGGUGAGAGGCGAUGCACCAUGGACGGCAGAGGCGAUCAAUAUCGCCAGAUUAAUGUAAAGGAGGGAAGUCAUUUCGGCCUGCAUACGAAUAGACAAAGAUGAACAGAGUAUUGCAAGCAAUCUUGGCUGAGUAUUGUACCAGAGACCACAGACUGAUCUGUUCGCACAGAGAGCGCAGGUAUCUUGACGGAAGAAAUGAACAGUGUGAGACAGAGAGAAAUGCAUAUGCAUGUUCCCCCCAUAUGAGUACCGUGGUGUGAUCUCCAGUAAAGCUAAGGCUGCCUGCAGACUCACAACGUUCUUGCCGAGCCUCGGGUGUGUUCUGAUAUAGGCGAGGGCUGCAAACGAGUACGAUUUCUGCUGCUGGCGCUGCAGCCCUUCAUGACUCUUGGCUGGCUCCUUUUUUGCAGCUAUGGGAUUGUUGUUCUUGAACAAUGUAUUGUUGAACCGGGCCUUAAGGAGCCUCUGUAUCUGAUACAGGGCAAGACACAGCAGGCAUCUUUAUUCAAGCAUCUUUGUCCACGCCUACCGACAGAAACAACGCAAUAUCUGAUGGACGCACGGAUGGACAGAAGCACUCAUUAAUUCUUCCAUCCAUUCACACACCUUUCAUUCGCUUGUAUAUCUCUUAGUGACUGGUAAACUUACGGGUGGGAAGAAGAAUAUCAAAGAUCAUGUCAAAUCUGAGACAGACAGGCGAUGGUGGCAUCAGCGAGUAUGUGGGAUUCACGUGGUCUACAUUGAGAUGAGAAUGCUGUAGGCCAGCUUGCUGCUGAGUGUAGGCGCUUCAGCUUGUAGCAUCCUGAUCGCAACACACACAAGAUGCGAUCAUUCGAUCAGAAGCACAUUCACAUGCAGCCCACCGGGGAAAGAGGAUGUAAGCUAUGGCUGGCAGCGUCAUCAGCAGUGGAUUGCAUGUCGGAAGUCCCUCCUGAAGCACAACAGUCACCAUCAAAGCGAAUUCCCUGCUGCGUUUGUGGCUCUAGCUCUCACAUGAAAGUACCUUAAUGGAUCGUACCACCUUGUUGCAAAUCCCUGCGGCAGGUAGGAAGGCACUAAGAUGAAUUACAGCCAUAUGAAACCUUCUCUCCGGAUUCGC